AUGGUGAACAUUAAAGAUGAAAUUAAACAGCUACUGGAUCCUGUGCAAUUUACAUUAAAUACAUAUCAAAUUUCCUCUGGUUACAAGUUGCUUAAUCAGGUACAUAAGAGCUUCCAUUGGAGUAAAGAGGUCUGGUGCAGGCUUAAUAUCCCAAAGCACAGCUUUGUGCUCUGGAUUGCAAUUCAAAAUAGGCUUAAGACAAGAGAAAGGAUUCGUAGUUUCAACAUAACAGAAGAUUCAACUUGUAUCCUCUGCAAUGGAGCAGAUGAAACAGUGGACCAUCUGUUUUUCGGUUGCUCUUUCUCUCAGGAUUGCUUACAACAGUUGAAAAAUUGGCUGGGAUGGAGAGCUCACAUAGAAUCAUUACAUGGCCUUCUUAGAUGGGUAGAAAGGUCCAAGAAGAGCAAGUUUCAGAAGAAUGUUUUAGCUGCCUCUGUUGCAUCUCUGGUUUAUCAUUUAUGGCAGGCUCGGAAUAACAAACUUUGGCAAUCAAGCAUUGUGUCUCCUAAGUUGUUAGUCCAGGAAGAAAAAUGGCAAAUCAAAACUAGAAUAACUUGUGUUAUGCCUAGGCAUGUAGCUCAAGCAGAUAUGGCAUGGUUUGACUUAUUAUAA